CAACGCACUGCACACAAGCCUCACCGUUAUAACAAACAAAACUUCCCUCCUCUCUCUCUCUCUCUCUCUCUCUCUCUCUUUUUCUCACUCUGUCUCUGCAGAAGCCAAAAAACUCUUGUUCUUCUUCUUCUUCUUCUUCUUCUUCCCCAUUUUCUCUCUCUACAAAGUCAUUCUCUCCUUUGUCUCGCUUGGUUCGCUUCGCUUCCGUUGCUUCGAAAGCAACAAAUCAAUGGCGGUGUUACUUCAGCCACCUAGGUAUCUGCGACAGAGGACGUCGCUGUACGUGGGUGAUUUGGACCCAGAAGUUACUGAAACGGACCUUAGCGCUGCGUUUUUCCAAAUGGGUUCCAUUUCAUCUGUUCGCCUCUGCCGUUGCGCUCGCUCCGGCAAGUCUCUCUGUUACGGCUAUGUCAACUUCUACUCUCACGAUCAAGCAUGUAAAGCUCUGUCUAUUCUAAAUCAUGCAUACUUGAAAGGAAAACCCAUGAGGUUAAUGUGGUCUCAGAGGGACCCUUUUGCAAGAAAGAGUGGAAUUGGAAAUCUUUUCGUGAAGAAUCUAGAUGCUUCAAUCAACAGUGCUUGCUUGGAGACCUUGUUCUGCAAGUUUGGAACUAUACUUUCUUGCAAGGUGGUUGAAGAAAAUGGCAAGAGUAAGGGUUUUGGGUUUGUCCAGUUUGAUUCAGAGGAUUCUGCCUUGGCUGCUCGAACUUCUCUUCAUGACACUAUGGUUAAAGGAAAGAAAAUAUAUGUAUCCAAAUUCAUCAAGAAAAGUGAGAGGACAACAGCUAGACCUUGCGAAGAAUUAGAAUUUACAAAUCUUUAUGUUAAAAAUCUGGCCAAGGAUAUGACAGAGGAUACCCUUAAAAGUAUGUUUUCUGCAUUUGGGAAAGUCUGUAAUGUUGUCAUCAUGAAGGAUCAUGACAGGAAAUCAAGAGGUUUUGGAUUUGUAAACUUUGAGUCACCAGAAGAUGCUAAGAAAGCGGUUGAUGCUUUGAAUGGUUAUCCACUAGGUUCCAGGAGUUUAUUUGUCGGAAGAGCCCAAAAUAAAACUGAGAGAAUAAAUGUAUUACAACAUGAAUACAAGGGCUUCAUCAGCAACAAUAUUGAGAAAUCCAGAAUGUCGAAUCUGUUUGUGAAGAAUCUCGAUGUAAGUAUUAAUGAAAGAAAAUUGCAUGAACUUUUCAGUGGGUAUGGACAGAUAGUUUCAGCAAAAGUGAUGCGGAAUGAUAGUGGUGUAAGUAAAGGAUUUGGCUUUGUCUCUUUCUCAAGUCCUGAAGAAGCAGAGACAGCUCUGAACAGUUUGAAUGGAACCUUGUUUGAAGGGAAGUCUCUAUUUGUGGCAAUAGCUAAGUGUAAAAGCAAUCGCUCUCUGGAAUUGCAGAAGUAUUUUCCACAACAUCAAUCUCAAAUGUUAUAUCUUCCUAAUUGCAAUAUUUUUCCACCUCCAACCAGCCCACUUUAUUACUCUCCUUGUUUUCCUUCAAUAUUCCCUUACCAUCCAAUUUCGUAUCCAAACUUUGGUGCAAAUAUGGGAGUCGAUUAUACUACAGCAGCACAGAAUUACCAACAGCCCUUCUGCUCAUAUAUUUCAACGGGACAAAUAUACCAAAGCACUCAGAACCCAACAGCACAGUCCUUCCAACCUCACUUUGUGAAACGAACAACAUCUAAUCUUCGUGAUCGAGAUCUGAACCUGAACAAUGGGUAUGCUGGGAUUCAAAACGUUGGCACUAGAAAGAAGUGGACUAAGAAAGUUGGAGCUACAGGAAGUACCUCCAAAGGGUUACAAGCCACAGCAUGUCUUAGCGCAGCAAGAUCUCCUAGUAACUCCAAGAAAGACCUCGUGAAUCUUCUGCCCUCUCUUGUCCAGAAUCUUCAGCCUGAGCUUGCAGGAAAGAUGACUGGAAUGCUGUUGGAGAUGAGCAAGUCUGAAAUAGUUAACCUCUUGAAUUCCCCAAAUUCCUUGGCUUUACAAGUUGACAGGGCAGCUCAAGUGCUGAAGGAGGCCAAUGCUAUGAAGGCUGCAGAUACUGGUGCGGUUUUGCCCAAGUGUGCUUACUACUUGAGAUACUAGAUUUAGUGGUGAUUCCGGUUUCUAACAUCUUAGUACUAUCUUCAAAAGUGGAUGUUAAAACACAGCGUUUUAACACGACACGAUUUGUCAAUUGGUGCACUAAUUGCAUAUUGUUUUUUUGAUGGAAA